UUGAAGAGAUUUGGAAGUGUUCUUUCUACGUCAUGUUUGUGAGAUCUGUUCAAUUUUAAAUUGGAAUUUUAUGAAUGUAUGUAACGGUCAAUGUUGUAUAGUUUUGUAGUUCGAAAAAUAUUAUUUAUUAAGACAAAAAGACAUACUUCACGUGAAUUAAUUUGAUAUAAUCUCAAUUAAUUUAGAAGUUCAUUAGCAUUUGCUUAAUAAAUAUAACAUUAUUUCAAUGAAGAAAUUUAUAUUGGAUAUUACAUACAAUGUGGAAUAGGGUUUAAACAACAGUUAUUAUAGUAAUUUUAUUGAUAUAUAAUUACUAUAUUUGAUAUAAACAACUCAUACAAUGGAUAAUUAUUGUGCUCCACAAUGGGUAGAUUUUACAUCUAGUCCACAAGUACCAUCUGAUGAUUAUUUCGAUAAAUAUCAUGACAUCUACGAGUCUAAAUUAUGUACUAAAGAAUACCAAAGUACCAAAUCAGCUAAGAAGAUAUCUGAAAUUAUUGAAACACCCAACAAAUCUGUGCAAUCGCAAAAUAGAUAUUUUAUAAAAUCUAUGUCAACUGAAAAUUUACAAACAGAAAUAGAUAGUCUCAAGAAUACACCGAUAAAAGUAAUAUAUCCUUCACCGUAUAAUAAUAGUAAACAUAAAGUUAUAAAACAAGUGAGUUAUGAAAAUAUUUUGAAUGAAGCUAUGCAAAAUGUUCAGCUUUGUGAAGAUUUAUGUAAUGAUAAAAAGGAUAUAGAUGUAUCAUCAACAGAAAACAUAUUUAAGAAGCCAAUACCAAUUAAAAGUAAAACUUCCUUCAAGCCUGUGAAGAUUCGUGAAAUAGAAAAUAAUUCUGCAUUGGUUUCAACCAAUAAACAAAUGCAAGACAUUGAGAGAAAUACACUUAAAGAAGAAACAAAAAAUGAAUCUUUAUUUAGCAAUGAUAUGCUUAAACCAGACACAAGUUCAUCGAUAAAAGUUAUGAAAAAUUUUAGUAAGACAUCAAAAAUUGAUGAUCAUUUAAAAUGUAACAUACAGCAAAACAAUGACUUGAAAAAUGAUCGUUCUAAAAUAAAAUUAAAUAACAAAAAUUUUAAAUUGAAGUCUUCUGGUUUAAAACAACAAUCUUCUAUGAAACAAAAAUGUUCAACUACAAAGAUAAAUACACAUAAUAGACCUGUUGUAACACUUAGUCACAAAGAUAAAGAAAAAUCCAAGCUUAUACAAGUGGAGAAGAAUCAAUCAGAAACAAAAUUUGUGCAUAAUAACUCUGCAGACUCUUCAACUUCACAUAACAAAAUUACACAGAAAAAUAUUAGAGUUGCAAAUGCAGAUACUACAGUUAAACAAACUCAUAAACCUUAUUCUUCUUUUUCCAAAGAAGGAAAACUAUUUUGUCAAAAGAAUAAUGCAUCAAAAAGAAUGGUUACUACAAUUGUAGGUAAUACUGGAUCAGAAAUUAUAAUUAAAAAAGAAAAAAUUCUAUUUUUUGAUAUUCCUAUACAUACUAAACAAAAAAAGAUUACAUGUCCAGUACCCUUCAGUUUUGAACAUCGUGAUAAAAUUAAGAAACAAUUAAAACUAGAUCAAUCAGAAUCCAAAUGUAUUAAAUCAAAAUCAGUCCCUAAUUUAAAAUUAUUAGAUAUUAAUAUGCCUCAAAAAAUGCCAAAUAAAUUAUUUGAUACAGGAAAAAAACCUCUCAUGAGUUCUUAUAGUAGCAAAGAAAUUAAUGACAAAAAUAAAAAUAAUAAAUUUGAAGGAAGUAAAAAAAGUAGUACUGCUUACAUACAUUCAUUGCCUCCACAUAAACUAGUGAAAACUAUUGAUCCAAUAAAAAAUAAAAUUGAGAAAAAGAAAAUUCAAGAUAGUCAAAAUAAAAAGGAUGCAAUUCAGGCAAAAAAAUCACUUGCAUCUGUUUCUUGUAAAAAUAUUCAAAUUAAUACAAAUUUAAAAAUUAAGAAACAAGAGAUACUAGAAGUAAAUAAAAAAUGUAUUGAGAAAGAAAAUAGACAACCUAAUGUUAAUAUGUCUAUUACAAAUAAUAGUACUUUAAAUCAGAGCAAAGGAAUUAAGUUAAAAAGUACUGGGUUUAAAAUUAAUGUCGAGGAAAGAGAAAAACAACGUCGUGUAUUAGAAGAUAAGAUGAAGCAAAAGAAAAUUUUACAAGAGGAGAAGAUUAAAAAAGAAAAAGAAGAAAAGGAAGCAAAUGAAAAAUUGGAAAUAGCAAAACUUCGAAAACAAACUGAAAUAAGAGCUAGACCAAUGCCAGUAUAUAAACCACUUAUUCGUGUCAAGUCUACAAAACCUUUAACUAAACCACAAAGUCCAGCAUGGUCAAUUGGCCAUUUGGAAAUACAGAGCGGGUCCAUUCAGGCAAGGGAAGAUUCAUCAUCCAUUCUGCCAUAAGAAUAUUAUAUAAAGAAUACAUAUCUAAAGGAGUGCUAAUAUUUUUACCACUCCACUUUGUCAAAUUGGAGUUCAUUUCACUAAAUUCAUUCAUCUUCUGUAUGACUUCAGGUGUUUUUAAAACUCUUUGGUAUUCUUCUAUAUAUCUAUAAAUAGUCAAAUUUAAGAUUUUAUAAGAGUUAAGUGCAAAUUUAUUAGCAUAAAAUUUAUACUGUUUAAACAUACGAAGGACAAUCCAUAGGUAAUAAGAUAUUAUCUUCAAUCCAAGGAACAUAUGUAAUAGGUAUUGGUUGCCAAUUUAAAUCAUAAUUCCAUUUUUGAAUAUUUUUAGGCGGGAAUAAUCCUGCAAGAACAAGUAAUAACGACAUUUUUGUUCUUGAAUAAUCUGUAGUGUGGGCUUUUAUCAGUUCUGGUGUAUAAAUGUCAUUUAAGAAGUUUCUAUAUCUUGAUCUGAGAAAUUUUCCAAAUUCAUACGCACGCUUUUUACCAUUCUGAAAUAUGUAAAAAAUUUAUAUUUUUUGAAUAAUACAUUUUAUAAAUAC